UCAUACCUCCGGUACUUUAUGGUAUUUGUAUUUUUAGUCUAACAUUAGCUGGUUAUGAAAGCACCAGCUAGUCAGAAAGAGUGAAAACCUGUCAACGGACAAAUUUGUAUUAAAACGGAGAGAAGACAGCAUGGACAGGACGGUCAGUCUUCCCAACCAGCCCGACAAAACCACCACAGUGACUCUGGUUGAGAGCAGCAGCUCCCCCAGCGGUCUGGAACUGGUCAGUUCCUACCAGACCAACAGAGUGGGAGACCCCAUGGACUUGGUGGCCCUGGCAUCACAAGUACAGAAGGGAGAUGACUUCAUUAAAGCCAACGCCUGCAACAGGCUGACAGUCAUUGCUGACCAGAUCAGAUACUUACAGGAGCAGGCCAGAAAGGUUUUAGAAGAUGCUAAAAGAGAUUCUGACCUCCACCAUGCCGCCUGUAACAUAGUGAAGAAACCAGGCAACAUGUAUUACCUCUACCAGCGGCCAUCUGGACAGAAAUACUUCUCCAUCAUCUCUCCUAAGGAAUGGGGUCCAAGUUGCCCUCACACAUUUGUUGGUGCAUUCAAACUUCAACACGACAUGUCCUGGACGCCCAUGGACGAGGUGGAGAAGAGGGACUCAGAGAUCGCCAUCAUGGACAAACUGCUGAGCCAGCAGACUGCCUUACCACCCUACACAGAGCCCAACUUCAAGGGCCUCUCUGACUGAAGGACUGCUCAACUGCAGAAAGGACUGGACUAUUAAAAGGACACGUUGGACACUAUAGUCUUAAUGGACAGGCCAAAAUAAAUAACCCUUUAUUAUUAGCCCCACAGCAGGCUAAUUUGCAAAUCCAUACAUAGAUUGGGAUUGCUGUUAUCAAAUCACCUCACACUGUUUUGGUAACUUUGAUUGACGUUUGUGCACAACGCAUCACUGCACAUUUUUAUUUGUAUACUCAUCAGCUGCUGCUGUUGAAUUUAUAAAUGUGAAACAUUAUGAAUGAUUCUCAAACUGAAAAUAUCAAAGCAGGCUUCAAUGGCAAGCCUGUGCAUGGACACUUCAUAAAUAAAGUUUUGAAAUGUUUACUUCUC